CCUUUUUCCUUUUUCCUUUUGCUUUUGCCAUUGCCAAUGCAGCUUUCUACAGAGCUCACAGCAAACGGCGCCGUUCGAUUGUCUACACACCCCACACUACGUCGUUUGGCCUCCCUUCACAAAUUACUGCACUCAAUAAAACAAUCGAAAAUUCCUCAAAAAACAAAGCGGAAAAUAUUGGGAGGCGAGCCGUUAUGAUAUUCACUCUUUCCCUCCAAAUCCAAGUAUUCCCUUUUAUAGGCAAACCCAAAUCCUCAGCCUUCUUUUUCUUUUUCUUCUUCAAUUUAAUGUUUUCCCUUUUCUUUUAUUGCGAUAAAGUCUCAAUCUUUGUAAUAAAUCUCAACUACAAACAGACUAGUUUUCAGUUGUUUUGCUUGUCCAAUUGAACCUGUAGCUUUUCUGUUCCUCAAAACUCUCUACUUUUGAAGAUAAACCUAAAAAAGCCAAUAAAAUUAUGUUGCUUGUGAUUUUGAGUAAAAUUGUAAUGUUACUGUUGUGUUUUUCAAUUGCUACAGAAAAAUGAAGAAAAUUCUCUAUUUGGUGCAUUACUAUCAUUAUUAUUACUCCUUCUCUGGUUGGUUUAUGGUUGGAGAAAUUAAUGAUCUGAUGUUGGGCGUUCGAGAUCAUCGAAUUGACUUUUGAUAUGACUAAUUAUCCAAGUUAACUACCCACGACUCAUUCUUGUUCGAAGAUUAAGCCGUGGUAUAAAAUAUUGUAGCGUUUCGAAAUACCGUUUAUUAUUUGCUGAAGUUUUGGAGCUGAAGCAAAAGGGGGAAAAUAAUAAGAUAAGAGAAAAUGGCGGAGGGUUCAAAGGUACGGCUGGUUCGUUGCCCUAAGUGUGAGAAUCUCCUCCCUGAGCUCCCUGAUUUCUCUCUCUACAAGUGUGGAGGCUGUGGUGCUAUUUUGAAAGCUAAAAAUAGGGGGAUUGUGGAAGGUAGAUCGUCAGAGGUAUCCCAGGAUUCCAAGGGUGGAGUGAUUUCUGAGGAAAACAGCAUAGAUAACGGUAUCAAGGUUGACAUGGAGAGUGCUGAUGCAAUUGAAGACAGUGCUGUGGAGAGAAUCCAGAAAGAAGGAUUGGUUUCGAACGGUGCUUCCACGUUACCAGCUGAACAUAAGGAGACGCCAGCUGAUUCUGAUACGAGUAGGAGAGGUAAAGAAAGGGUGAGAAAUGUGGAAAAUUCUGAUGAUGAGUUCAGGCCAUACUCACAAGGUCUGGUCCGUGAUAGAAAUAGGGGCAAAAGUUGUGAUUUUAGAGUGGAUGGGUCUGAGUUUGUUGGUUUCCAUGAUGACAAUGCCAAGGGCUUGCCCCCGCUGGAUUCUUCAAGGUCGAGGCCGUUUAUGGACCAGUGGGGCGUGAACACUAAAGGGUCGGUGCACGGGCCAGCUAGGGGCGUUCCUGCUCAAGUUAGGUUUGAUGAUUUUGUUUAUCAUGAUGAGGGGCAGUCGAGUUAUGGCAUGAGCUCUUAUUAUGAACAAGGUGAAAGGUCUCGAUAUCGAGGUCAUAAACUUGAUGGACAUAACAGCAUUGAGAGCUUAGAAAAUGGCCGGGCAGAGCUUCUAAGGAAGCUUGAUGAACUGAAGGAUCGGAUAUCCCGGUCUUGUGAUAUGGCGGAUAAACCCAAGGAAAAUAUUGGCAUCGAUGAGAGGAUGGUUUCCUCCACUUCUCCUGAUCCUUAUGGUAGACAUCAUGCUGCUUAUGCUCAAGAAGGAUUGACUACUACGUCACACGCUGCAAACAGGCAGCCAAUGUAUCCUGAUAACAUUGUACCUCCUUAUUUCAGUCGUUCUGCUGGAUUUGCUCCAUACUUGGAUAGGUAUGGUUCGACAGUGAUGGAAUCGUAUCCACAAAGGGGAUAUCCACAUGAGUACAUGCACUAUGCUAAUACCUAUAAGCCAGAAGUUCUUCGGAGGCCGCUUCAUCAGCUCCAACCCCGAUACAUCCAACAGCCCAGUCACGAGCACUAUCCGGGAUACUAUAGUGAUGCCAAUAAUGAGCGGUUCAUGUUGCACAGGCAUGAAAACUUUUUUCAUCAGCCGGCAUGCUCUUGUGUGCACUGCUCUAAUAAUAAUUGGCACAUGCCUCCUAGGGUUGAUCCCUUGGGUUUGCUUAACCGAAGGUCUCAAAACGAACCUUCUAAUCAGGCUUUUGAUCAUCUAACCCCUAUUCUGCACCGGCAGAAGGUUAAUACUUCUGGGAACGCGAAUUUGUAUCCACCACAAUCUCGACAGUCUUUAACUAUGAAUUCUUCUGACAUAGAUUCAGAGAAUGAUGGUUUCAAUUACCAUCAUCCUAGAAAGUUGCUUGUAGGUCCUAGGGGUGGGAGGGUGAGUCAUCCCGUCGGAGGUGGUGCUCCUUUUAUAACAUGCAGCAGUUGCUUUGAGUUACUGAGACUUCCAAGGAAACACAUUUCAAUGGAUAAAAACAAACAAAAGUUGAAAUGUGGUGCCUGUUCUUCAGUCAUCUUGUUUGAACUCGGGAGCAAGGGGCUUGUUGCAUCUGUUUCUACGCUCGUCGAGGAAUUGCCAACGGAGAUUGAUCAAGUCUCUGGUGGAACGGUCGAGAACAUUAGAUACUGGAAUGAUGGUUCGAGUACUGCCAACAUGAACACCUGCUCUAAUGAUUUUGAUGGCUUUGAGCAUAAGUUUUUGCCAGCAGACAAGAAAUCGAAUUCUGGUAUUCCUGAGAAGCAACUGAAUAAUCUUUCUUCAACUUCAAGUCCAUCGGAUGAUGAGCAGAGUCCAGAAAAUAAAUCAUCUAGGAAACGUGAUUCCCCGAUUCCAGAUUUGCCUGCGUCACCACAGGAUUUACCCUAUCAUUUUCCAGAAAAUGUGAUAGUCAGCCGCUUUGACAAAUGGAACAAGAGUAAUAAACCCGAGCAGGAGAUGGUUUCUCUGGAAAGGACAACCUCUAAACAGAAUCCUGCAAGAGAUGGAGCCGUGGCAACUGAGACAGACGCGUCGUUAACUGCGUUUUCAAAUAGCAAUAGGUCUCAGGACUCCAUUGACAUAAGUAGAGAAGCUCCAAAGGCUAACAAAGGAGGAGAGUCUUUUCUUGCAGGUCUUAUUAAAAAGAGCUUCAGGGACUUCAAAAAGUCCAACCAAGGUGGAGUUGUCGGUGGAUCGCAAGUUUUUGUAAACGGGCAUUUGAUACCAGAUCGCAUAGUCAAGAAGGCUGAAAAACUAGCUGGGCCAAUUCAACCAGGAGAAUACUGGUACGACAAACAAGCUGGAUUUUGGGGCGUGAUGGGCUAUCCCUGCCUGGGUAUCGUCAUGCCAAAUAUUGAAGAAUUUAACUAUCCUAUACCGAAGAACUGUGCUGCUGGAAAUACAGGAGUUUUUGUUAAUGGACGUGAACUCAACGAGAAAGAUUUGGAUUUGCUCUCGAGCCGUGGUCUGCCAAUCACAGAAAACAGAUCAUAUCUCAUUGACAUCACUGGAAAAGUGGUUGAUGAGCAGACUAGGGAAGAACUAGAUGGUCUGGGAAAACUUGCACCAACGGUUGAAAGAGCCAAGCACGGAUUUGGUAUGAAAGUGCCGAAAUUUAUUGCUCAGUCGAGGAGUUAAGAGAUCGGGUUCUCCCCGCCUCCUCAAGGGGUUUAAGCGAUGGAUAUGGUUGAUCGCUUGAGUUAUGCUUGCCCAUUCUUCUUUAGAUAUAGGGUGAGUUUGUUGUUGUUAAUUUAGUGUAUCUCAUUAUUUGUGUGUAGAACAUCUCAGCCAGAAAGAUGUUUGGCUGGUUUUACGAGUUUUGGUUUUGAUCUUGGUUUGAAGUAGUUUGUAAAGAAAGCUUUGCCCAAUUUAUAACUGGUUAUUCAUUUGUAGUUUGAUGCUUCGAUCUA